ACUUUCUGUGUUCGAUUGGACGACCAAGGAAGGGGGAUUCGAAGGACCAUCCAGAACUUUGGCCGCAAGGGACAUCUGGCCCAAGCUGGGACUGCUUCCGUUGUUCCUUGGUCCCACCGACUCUCACGGAGAUGGCCCAGUUUUUGGACCCGGCUGAUGGGGGCCAGGAAAGAAUGAGGUGUUCGGAGGCUUACACCGAAGUCGAAGAAGCGGAGAGCGGUGUUGAACUGAUACCGACAUGCAAGAGGACAGAGGAUGACAUCAAGGGAGGGAAUCAUCUCUUCCAUAUCGAUGUGCAUGCUAGUCGACCAUGGGUGGUGUUCGUGGCAGACGGGCCAUCUCUUCAGGUGUGGGAUCACGAAGACAGAAUGCUGGUUGCUUCAACUCAGGGGCUUCCGUCUGCAUGGGAGGCAGGAUGGAUGGCUGCAAGAUUCAUAUCGCGGGAAGAUUGGGUUGUCGCAUGUAAUUUCCUGGAAUGCGCAAUUCUCGUGUUCGAGAUAAAGCGCUCUACUCAACCGGCGUGUGCUUGCUCGUCGACUUGGUCCUUUCGGUUGAAGCACGUCAAGGAACUAGCGCACGAGGGCGGGCCCAUUUUCGACCUGAUCGUUCAUCCUAGCUUACCUUACCUUUUGUUCUCUCAUAACAAGAACGUCAAGCUAUGGAAUUGGGACGAAGAGUGGCUGAGGGUCACCUUCAGAGGCCAUUCUGACAAUGUGACGACGCUGGCUUUCCAUCCGCAGCGAUCGCAUAUCUUUGCAAGCGGUGCGCGCAAUGGAACGAUCAAAGUGUGGAAUAUCGAAAACAGGUCCGUGAUCCGAACCAUGCAUGCCAGUGAAGGCAUUCACAAUGUGCAAUUUUGUGGAAAUUGUGGAGGGAAACGAAAAUCGUUCCUUGUCACAGGUGGCGUAGAGGGAAAUAUCUGUCUCUGGGAUUACAAGAAGGGCUCGGUUUUAUCGUGCUGGAGGGGGCAUGAUAACCCCGAUAUACCUGUUGUUGGGGUCUCAUUCCUUCGGUCCUUGCCUUUCAUCUUGGCUGCAUUCAGCGAUGGAACCGUCCGAAUUUGGAUGGAGGAAAACUACAAGUUGGUGAGGUCCUAUUCCACUGGUCUCGAGGACCUGUGUACGAUGGUCGCAUGCGGCGCAUGCGGGAACGUCAGUAUGUUUGCCUUAGGAGGAGCAGGAUCUUUCCUUGUCGUGGAGGUAGUCGUUGGAGAGGCAGAGGAAAAAGAGGAGGAUUUCAAAGAAGAAAGCGUAGAAAACUUCAUAGGAGGAGGAGGAAGAGGAGGAGGAGGAAGGGGGAAAGAAAUAGAGAGAUGUGAAGGGGGAGCGGAAGUCGAAUCAGGACUGAAGCGAGAUUGCAUCGUGAAGAGGGGAGAAGGAGAAGAGGAGGGAGAAGGGAUAAGGGAGAAGGUGGACACAGCUUGUGGAUGCGAUACGAGGAAAGAUGCGAAGAGUCGAGGACAAGACAAAUCGGCAUCGGCUUUGAUGGGAAAGGACGAGGGAAUGGAGAGAAACACAGCCGCGUUCCAUCUAGACGUCCGGGAACAGGCCGAGUUGGAGGUGAUGAAGGAGAGGCUAGAAUGGGAGAAAACACUUGGGGAGUACUCGGAGGAGUACGAGAGGAGAGAGAGAAGGAAUUCGCAGAGGAUUAUGCAAUUAGAAGCAAAUCAGGUAGCAUUACUUCAGAAAUUACACCACUCGGAAUUGAGGAUUGAAGAAUUGGAACAGAGAUUAACAGAACAGGUAAGGAGAGUGCGGCUUGAAUUGUUAUCCUUUGCUCGACUUCCUUUCUCGUCCCCUUCUUCUGCUGCGGCGCCCCCACCCCCUCCCUUGCAAGCCCCCGCAACCCACCCAACUGCUAAGGAGAGUCCAUCCGAUUCGGUGUUUCUGGUAGUUAUGGGAGAGGUAGGUGGUGUAAGGAGAAAGGAUUCGCAACUCUUGGAUAUGAAUCGCAUGAGCAUGGCGGACAGCAGAAACAUAGGUUCCACGGGACUUGAGCUGACGCUGAGCGAAUGUAGAGCGAAUCUCAAGGGUGUCAUCCAAGACAUCGACAUGCACCCACACAAGCCCUGGGCUCUUUUCACUUCCUAUGAUCGAUCCCUUCAUCUAUGGGACUAUGAGCUUGGCCAGCAGGUUGCCGUUGAGAUGAGCGGCAGCGCACGCCGUUUCGAGAAGGCGAAGUUCGUCGCCGAGAAGGACUGGAUUGUCGUCGUUGAAUAUCAGAGAGGACGUGCGUGGACGAUCGUUGUCUACGAGAUCCAGAGUUCGAAGCUCGCGAUGCGACUGGGCAAAGAAGUCAAGAGGCUAGAUUCCUGGGAUGAUCCAAUCCGUUGCCUUGCUGUUAAUAUCAGCUGUCGAUAUGUUCUGGCGGUCGAUUCCGAGGAAAGCCGAACCGAAAGCCACCACAUUUACUCGUGGGAAUUCGGUGGCGAAUCUGGCAGCGAUCCUUGGAGAGAGUUCGUCUUCGAAGGUCAUCGGACUCCUGUGAUUGCGGUGUCGUUCCAUCCGACGGAAUCGCACAUCUUUGCAAGUGCGGCAACCAGUGGCCAAAUCAAGGUCUGGGAUAUUGAAAACAGGUCGACGCUCGGGACGCUCGACGGCACACCUGCGAAUUCUGCGAUAACUUCCCUGCAAUUCGGCAGCAACCAGGCGAAAUCGCUCCUGAUAACUGGCCAUAAACGCGGUGACGCCGGCGAGGUGAGGGUGUGGGAAUACAACUUGGCAAAGUCUUUAAGAACCCUCGAAAAACAUGAACACGCUGUUGUCGCGGCUCUCUUCCAUAGCCAGCUGCCAUACGUAUUCAUUGCCCUGACAAACGGAACGAUCAACAUCGUGAAUGCUUCAAGCUACCAGACAAUCGGGUCAUUCUCAAGCGGCCUGAGAGAUCUUUCUACCAUGGCUCUUUCCAGAUCUUCGGAUCAGCUUGUUGUUGUCGGCGAAGGGAUGUUCCUUGUGAUAGAGCCAGCGGCUGCAUCAAAGCUGAGCUCUGGGAACAAAACGGCAGCAAAAGCGUCAGGUGCGGCAGCCACACGGAACAAAAGCAGCCUGGAAUCCGGAGCAGGAAACGAGCCGAACGACUCAAGGUUCAACCUAACCGAUGCAAAGAGGAUGAAGGAGCUCGAGAAGGUGGUGAACGAUUUGAAGACGGCGCAGACAGCAUUUGAAGAGAAGUUUCGAAAAUGCCAAUUCGCGCAGGAAAAGAUGGAAGCGGCGCAUGCAGAGGCAGCAGAGAAGAAGAGGCAGCUUGAGUGUGAGGUGAGCGCACUUGUCGCAGAGAGGGAGGCAUGGAAAGAGAAAUUUCAGACAUCUGAGAUCAAGGUCCAGGAAUUGGAACGCAGAUUGGCGAGAGAGGAGACAGAGAAGAGAGAGGAGAGAGAGGGGGGAGAGGAGAGAGAAGUCCGUGCAUGUCAAACACCACCGGGAGGCGUAGUCCACGCAUGUCGGAUGCAACUACAGGUGUCGCCCGGAUUCCCGAGUACGGCGAGUAGUGAAACCUCAACCGAAAAUGUCAACAUUGGUCGCCAGUCAUUCCGAGAGUUUUGCUUCAAGGAGCUGCAGUUGGGUACAAACUACUUUGACGACAACCACAAGCUCGAGGAACGACAUUCGGGUGAUCUUUACGUUGGAAGGAUGACGCCAGUCACAGUUAAAAGACUCAAGAUUUGUGACAGGGUGUGGAACGUGCAUUCAACAUUGAAGGAAGAGGUGGUAUACCGCUUGAGGACGCUUCACCACCCCCAUUUGCAGACCCUCCUGGGGGUGUGCUACAAGGAGAAGUGUCUUGUAUACGAGUUCGCGGAGAACGGAAGUCUGAAAGAAUGGAUCGCUGACGGGGGCCGACCGGCAAGGGGUGUCCUUCCAUGGUACGUACGGUUGCGGAUUAUGGCAGAGAUCGCUAAAGCCGUCUUCUUCCUUCACUCCAGCCGGUCAGUGCGUGGUGGACCAAUCAUCCACCGCGCGAUCAGGCCGGAUAGUAUAUUUUUAGAUACCGACUUCGUUGCGAAAAUAGGAGAGGUCGAUACGGCGUUGCUCACAGCGGAGCUAACGGAAGAAGAACAAGUGGAAGAUUUGUGUAAGUCCCUUGGAGCUUGCUCUGGGUUACACUACAUGGCCCCUGAGUAUUUGCAAAGACAGGUCCUCGACGCGAUGACCGACAUCUACUCGCUCGGCAUCAAUAUGAUGGAAUUGCUGACCGGAAAGCUGAAGCAUGCCUUUACAAUCGUCGAACAUGCGGUGAGAGAUGUCCCCACUUUCAAACUUUGCUUGGACCCGCAGGCGGGAACUUGGGACGUCGACCUGGCUUUGGAAGCGGCAGAGCUGGCACUGCGCUGUGCAAGUUUGGACAGAGGCAAGCGGCCAAGAAUGAUGAUGGGCGAUGCUCCAAUUUUACCUGCCCUAGAGGAAAUUGUGCGAAAGGCGGAACUCGCAUGCGCAGUCAAACAUGUGCUCGAGCCAUCGAGUUUACUCUAUCAGCACAUUUAAUUUUCCUUUAACGCAGCAUUCUCUCUCUCUCUCUCUCUCUCUCUCUCUCUCUCUCUCUCUCUCUCUCUCUCUCUCUCUCUCUCUGUGGGCACUGUCUGGCAAUCAUUGCUCUGGCACUGUAGCUUCCUGAUCUGGAGGUUGUCAGUCAAUGUCAGACUGCCUGCAGUUUCCUUCUCUCUCUCUCUCUCUCUCUCUCUCUCUCUCUCUCUCUCUCUCUCUCUCUCUCUCUCUCUCCUUCUCUUUGUGGGCACUGUCUGGCAAUCAUUGCUCUGGCACUGUAGCUUCCUGAUCUGGAGGUUGUCAGUCAAUGUCAGACUGCCUGCAGUUUCCUAUCUGACUGUAGAGGCCUCAGAAUU